AUGACAUCCAUCUCCAGCCUCAAGCAGACUCUUUACUAUGAGAUUGCUGUUAGCAAGCUUCAAGGCAGAAUAAACCUGCCUGAAGAAGCCGUCUCCAAUCCGCACCACAUUUACAAGCAAGGGAUCUUUCAUCGCUUCAGGAACCCAUAUCCUUCGUAUGGCGAGCACCCCGAGUUUGUUCAUUAUCUCAAAAACGUCGUCUGGCCAGUUAUCCGUGGUGAGCUCCAAGUCCCAGAUACUACGCUCUCCAAGAUCGCCGUGAGAAAACCCCAGUGGCUUCCUCAUCGGAAAGCCUCGACGAAACUUCGUGCCACUUGGCUUGGCCACGCAUGCUACUACGUCGAAUUUCCCUCAGGCCUGCGAGUUCUCUUCGACCCGGUAUUCGAAGACAGAUGCUCCCCAGUCAGCUUCCUAGGGCCUCGACGCUUCACUCAACCCCCCUGCGACGUUAAAGAUAUCCCAGUCAUUGAUGCUGUCCUCAUUAGCCACAGCCACUACGAUCAUCUCUCUCACAAUUCGGUGCUUGAGAUCCAAAAGGCGCAUCCCCAGGCACAAUUUUUCGUUGGUCUAGGCUUGGAAAAAUGGUUCCGUAAUGCGGGGCUAAACAAUGUCACCGAGCUCGACUGGUGGGAAGAUGCUGAAAUGACCAUCAAAGCUCAAGGCGGCGAUAGCAAAGGGGAGACCAUCCAGGCACGGCUGUCCUGUUUGCCUUGCCAGCACACCUCGGGUCGCAUCCCCUUUGACGUGGACCGAGACACAACGCUCUGGGCGUCUUGGGCGGUCCAGUCAGGCGAUAAAAAAGUUUGGUUUGGAGGCGACACGGGAUAUCGUGCUGUGCCAAAUAUUCCCAAGGCUUCUGAUGACUAUGGCCCAGACUGGGACCAUCUGCCUCGGUGCCCCCAAUUCAAACAGAUUGGGGAACAUCGUGGACCAUUCGAUCUGGGACUCAUUCCUAUCGGCGCGUACUAUCCGAGAGUUGCCUUCUCAGCUAUGCACGCCAAUCCUUUUGAUUCAGUAGAGAUCUUUACAGACACAAAGUGCAAGAGGGCAAUGGGCAUCCAUUGGGGGACAUGGGCACUGACUCAUGAGGAAGUUCAAGAACCGCCCAAGAUUCUAAAGGAGGCACUACGCCGUAAGGGUAUUCCUGAAGAUGGAGUUUUUGACGUGUGCGAUAUUGGCGAGAGUAGGGAAUUUUAA